AUGAGCGUCCUUUCAUCAACUCGCCGGCUCGCUAGGGCACUGGCAAUCCAGUCUCCGGUCCUUCUCAACUCAGCUCGGUUCGAAUCAUGCCGUUCUCUUCACACCACUCUUCCCUCAGGUGUUUUAUGUGGGAAUAGCCAGCAAUUGGAGCCAACUUAUUGGGAUAAUACUGGGCGACAUCCAGAGUGGUUUCUAGUGCAAAGGCGACUAUAUUCGUCAGGACCGAAUGCAGUUGAAACUGCUCCCACUGAGUCUGUGAAGGAUUUAUACGAUAACAUGCUGAAAUCCGUAGCUGAACUAAAAACUGCACCUCCCAAUUCGUGGUUGUGGUCACUUGUUCAAAAGAGUGCCACUCGUGAAGAUAUUGAGCUUCUGUUUAAUAUCCUGCAGAGGCUUCGGAUAUUUAGACUGUCGAAUCUUCGGAUACAUGAUAACUUCAACUGUGCCCUAUGCGAGGAAGUUGUGAAAGCAUGUGUGCGUGCAGGGGCCAUUGAUUAUGGUAAGAAGGCAUUAUGGAAGCAUAAUCUAUUUGGCUUAACUCCUACAGUAGGAUCAGCCCAUAAAUUACUGCUACAUGCUGAACAGCAUAAGGAUGUAAAACUCAUGAGAGAUGUUAUGGAACUUCUGAAGAAAAACAAUCUACCUCUGCAAGCUGGGACAGCUGAUAUUGUGUUCCGAAUUUGUCAUGACACUGAUAAUUGGGGAUAUCUCUCCAAAUAUGCGAAAAGAUUUGUCAAAGCUGGAAUCAACCUGCGGCAGACUUCCAUUGACACGUGGAUGGAUUUUGCUGCAAACAAAGGUGAUCUCGAGGCUUUGUGGAUAGCUGAGAAACUAAGAUCGGAAACCAAGAAGCAGCAUACUCUCAGGAGUGGGUUUGCCUGUGCUAAGGGUCUUCUGCUUGAGAACAAGCCUGAGAACGCUGCUGAGAUCAUUGAACUACUCAAUCAGACUUUACCUGAUGGGAAGAGGCAAGGCAUAAUAGAUCAACUUCAAAAGUUAGUGAGAGAGUGGCCUUUGCAGGUUAUUAAGCACCAGAAAGAGGAAGAUGUAAAGGUUGUGGCCUCUGCAUUGAAGAAUAGUAUACCCGCCAUGGUUGCUGGUUUAUCAAGCAUGGGUGGUGGAGUGAGUGUAGAUAUGGAAUACUUGGACACAAAUGAAGGCGUUUUGAGUUAA